UGCUGCCAAUCAGUGCCACCUAUCAGUGCCAGUCAGUGUCGCCUAUCAGUGUGCAUCAGUGCCAGUCAGUGCUUCCUAUCAGUGCCAGUCAGUUGCCGCCUAUCAGUGUCAUGUAUCAGUGCUGCCUUUCAGUUCCCAUCAGUGAUGCCUGUCAAUGCCCAUCAGUACAACCUACCAGUGCCUCCUCAUCAGUGCCCAUCAGUGCCACCUAUCAGUGUCCAUCAGUGCAGCCUAUCAGUGCCCAUCACUGCAGCCUCAUUAGCGCACAUCAGUGAAGGAGAAAAAUCAUUUAUUUACAAAAUUGUAUAA